GGUAUUUGUUCAAUUCCGCUCUCAUGGAAGAUGGGUGUGGCAAGUUUGAGGGACCACAAAGAACUCCAUGGCGAAAAGAAGAUGCAUAUUUAAUUUUUGACAGAUAAGUAGGUACCUACUAUGAUUAAAUAUAGCAUUAAAUCGUUGAUUGGAACCAUUCGACGAAAAGAAACUGCAAAGCGCUCUGUUUUAUCAAAACAACCCUUACUUCCACCAAACAAGUAAUCUUGCCCUCUGAAAACAAGAAAAAUUUGAAAUAUGUACCUAGAUACUUUUGCAAAUCGGCUAAUUUUGAUUGGGGCUGGUUACUGGAAGAAUAAGAUACCUUCACCCCUUUCGCUUUCUGAAUUAAAUGGGUACGAAAAAAUUGUCCAUUGCAAUACCCAGGAAUUGUAAACCGGCACCAGAUUUUACUCUCGAACUCGCAGAAUACCUACCCAUUAAAACAAUUGAUCUCUGUUAAGUGCAACACAUCAAUUCCACCCUAAUAAAUCCUUGCACGGAAUACGAUCGAGAAUAAACAUAAAAGGAACAUUUCGCAGUAUCUAUGCAAUAUAUGCAAUAAGAUAAAUUUUAAAUAAUCUAAAAUGCACUCCUCUGAUACAGACUAUAUUGGGAAACACAUAAUACAUGCACCCAGACGACACAUUUAGGACUCAUUGUAUUGUAAAAAACCUACGUGUUUCGCCUCUCUUUACAGCAAUAUAGCCUCCGCUUUCUAAAUUUACUUUAGCUCAUAUAAUAGGAUCUUCAGUAAAUAAUGAAGCAGAACUUGAUAUAUCAAUUUUCAAAGAGAAGCUUAAUGGACCUAUUGUGAUUAAGAGUAUAUAUUCCGCACAAGAAGCUUAUAUAAAGUUCAGUUACUAGGACGCAACGAUGAACAUUCUUAAAAUUAAGAAUGUCACACAUCCUCUGUUUUUAAUUACUGUUUUGUGUUUAAUGUGGAUUCAUUGUCAAAAAAUAGAGUUUCCCGAAUGGGACACAAAACGAGAUGUACAAUAUUUUGAUACGUUUAUGGAGAAGCCACUGUGCGCUAUUAACUCAGUUAAUACCUGCGAGGAUGAACGAAAUGUAGCUUUUUUUAAUUGGUUAUUCAAAAAUCGCAAAGAAAACAGUAUGACCACACAACCUUUCUCCACAAACAAAUUCAGCAAAUCUAUCCGAACAGUUCCAUUAUUCCAAAAAAAGGGUCUUUCUUGUGCAUGUAAAGGAGAGCCGGAGAUGAAAUACCUUGGAAUAAUGUAUUUCCCUAGACAACUACCAACGAUAAAAUGUAAACCAAGCAGUUGCCUAGGCGGUCCUUAUCAAUGCCGCCCUAAGGAAUAUAAGGUGCACGUAUUGAAACAAAAGCAAGCUGAAGAUUUAGAUGUUUCCGACGCAACUUGUUCGUCUACUCCACACAGUGUGAGAGAUUUCUUCAUUCCAGAGGAGAUUACAAUAACAGUUGCUUGUGAAUGCGCACCGUAAGAUUAAUAUAACCUGCAUCGUUAUCUACAAAAAAUUAAAGAAUUAUAGCUACA